AUGAACUCCCGACUUGUAUACGCUGUUGCGAUCCUUGCAGUUUUUGCUUCUGCACAAUCCGAAGAUGAAUGGGAUGGAACUGUCCGAGACCAGACUGAAUUCUGUGGAACCAUGGCUCAAUAUGCACCAAAUGGAGAAAUUUACUGUUCUCAAUUCACAAUGUGCUGUGAUAGACAAUUCGACCCAAACAACGGAGACAGGUGCCAAGUCAAGGAAUCCGAUUGCUCUCCAACUGACGACGGAAGAAGUGGAUUGGGAGUUUGCAAGUUCUCCAACUGCACAGAGCUCAUCACAACGACUACGACGACCACGACCCCAGCUCCACAGUACGAAUCCAUCAACGCCGCUUACCAAGCUGUCACCAUCCUCGCUCCACUCGUUGCUGCUGUCUUCUGCGUGAUGUAA